AGGCGGCUCUGCAUGGAUGUAUCUCAGUUAGGCAGUGCCGCGGUGAACUCAGUCAUCGCUUUCCAUAAUCGCGCAGCGAAAGACCUCCGGGCGUCACCGUCGGCCCGUUUCCGGCGACCUAAGCGCAAUCACAGCCUGGUUGGAGAUGAUCUCUGUGUGACCGCGACCGGCACCGACCAUGGGCGCCGCCACCCUCUUUUUCUUCACUCCCACCACCGCCACUCUCUCAUCCCCUCUCCGACCCUCUCACCGUCAACUCCACCGUCCCUUCACGACACUCGGCCUCAGGAGAAUCCAAAUCCCGACCCUUUUGGUCCGCCCGAGAACCAGAAACCGCACGGUCGGCGCCUCCUUGGAGGCGGAAGAUGACCCGCUGCCUUCUCUCUGCGUAUCGGAUGGCAACAACGCGCCGGAGACCAAUGGCCCGGCCGCGCCUGCCGAGCUCUUUUCUAACUGGACCCCGCCGAGGUACGUCUGGCGUGGGCUGACCGUCCUCGUGCUCGCCGGCCAGGUCUUUUUCCGGGCGUUCCGAGGUCGGGUCCACUGGAAGAACUGUCUCCAGCAGCUCGAGCGAGUUGGGCCGAGAUCCGUCGGCGUUUGCGUCCUCACGGCGUCGUUCGUCGGCAUGGCUUUCACGAUACAGUUCGUCAGGGAGUUCACCCGCCUCGGCCUGAACCGCUCAGUCGGCGGCGUCCUCGCCCUCGCCUUCUCCAGGGAGCUCAGCCCCGUUGUCACAUCCAUCGUCAUCGCCGGUCGCAUAGGUAGCGCGUUCGCCGCCGAGCUCGGGACAAUGCAGGUCUCCGAGCAGAUGGAUACGCUUCGCGUCCUCGGAUCGAACCCCGUCGACUACCUUGUCACGCCGAGGGUGAUCGCCUGCUCCCUCGCGCUCCCUUUCCUAACCCUAAUCUGCUUCACCAUCGGUAUGGCAGCCAGCGCUCUUCUCGCCGACGGCGUCUACGGCGUGAGCAUCAACAUCAUCCUCGAUUCCGCAAGGAAGGCGCUCCGGCCAUGGGACAUCAUUAGCGCUAUGAUCAAAUCGAACGUAUUCGGGGGGAUCAUCGCGGUUGUGAGCUGCGCAUGGGGGGUUACCACCCAUGGCGGAGCCCAGGGUGUCGGCGAAUCAACUACCUCCGCGGUCGUCGUCUCGCUCGUGAGCAUCUUCAUGGCCGACUUCUUUCUCUCCUACUGCUUCUUUCAGGGUGCAGGGGAUUCGCUCAAGUACGCAAUGGGGUGACGAUGAUGACGAUUGAAAUAAAGAGGGUGCUUGAGGGUCUAUAGGGAUUUGAAGUAGACAAUGUGUGCACACUCAACAUGGAAGGAAAGAAGAAGAAAAGGGGUGGUGUUGUCUUUGCAAAACCUGAUUACAAAAAGGCGUAUGUAACCCUGAAACAGCCACUAUCUCUUCCUUCAAACUUAUUUCCAAUUGGGUUGAUUGAAGAGGAGAAAGCUAUGGGUAAUAGGCUGUCAAAAUCAAGCAUAGUUAAUGAGCAAGUGAAGAAGACCCAUUGGCUUGACAGUGAUAGAGGAGAUGGCUUUAAGCCCCCAAAGGAGGAUGCUGCGGAUGUUAUUCCAGAACGUGAGAAAAAAUUCCCUUGGAGCUAUGUUAAAUCCUGGAAACAAAUGUAGAUGUUCAUAUUCAGGUGUCUGUGACAUGCUCUUGCUUGUUCUUUCUGUAUGCUUACUGGGUACUCCUUGGACAUUUAAUGCAUAUGAAUUCUAUAGAGAUUCAAUUUUUUUCCAA